AUGAAGAAGCAGCUGGUCCCCUUUGUUGUGGCUGCUUGGGGAAUUCUUCUUGGGGUAGCAUUCGCUUUUUCUCCAGUCCACCAUCGACACCGCCCACAACUACAACUGGCCCAGAUUUGCAAGGAUCAUGCCAGUCAUGGUGGUAGAAGAAUCAGUGCUGCUAGCCAUGCUACCCAAAGAAGAAAUACCCAGCGACAUUUAUUUUUCAACAAGGCCAUCUACAGGAUGAUUGGAAGGUCCGAAAAAGAGAAUCGGAACAACAAAAACAAAACUGAUACUACUGCUCUGCAAAUUCAGGAACACCACAACAACAAUAGCAGCAGCACAGAUGAUACCAAUGACAAUAUCCUACAGGAAAUCCCCAAAAUCCUUCCAGAGCAUGCCUCAAUGAUGAACCUGAGCAGUAUGCAUAUCAGUGGCAGUGAUAAUGAUCACAACUUGCACAACCCCAAAUCAACACAUGAAGCUGCUGAUGACAAUAUUAUUCAUGCACCACCAGAACUAAAGGAACAACAACCUGAAGCUAUGGAACUGGAUGUCCUUAGUCCUGUGUUCUUUUCGGCUAAUAUUCAAGACAAUCUUCUAGACAAUCAACAAGGCCAAUUGUCUGAGGAGUUCCAUGAUGCCUUGGAACUCCUGGGUCCAAUGACGCUGUCGGAUCCUGCCUUUAAACUUGGAAUCAACCCCAAUGAAACGGCAAGUACAAUCAACUGGGUGGUAUCUAAUGAUACUACUUCCCCGGAUGUCGUCGUCAAGGGUACCAGUAUACCCCGCAAAAGCAGCAAGGACACCAGCAGUAGCAAGAAAAAGACGUAUACCCCACGGCCGUCCAUUUUGGAAGCCAACAAAUUCUUCACGACGUUGCCGCCGUUCUUUAUCCCAUCCACCACGGUGCUCAACAACAACAACAACAACAACAAAAACAACUCGACCACCAAUGUGACAACACUGUUGACUCCGGCCAUUUUUC